AUGGCACCACAUGAGCAGUCUGCUCACGUGAAAGUAGGGCUGCUGCUGACGCAAGUGCGUGGCGAGUUCCUGCGCAACUCUCCUGACGAACCAGGGGGUGCUGCAAGGGCAGCCAAAGCUUUGAAACGAGCGUUUGAAUUGUUGAACUGCCGCGACGAGUGCUGCCGCCGUCUGUCUGAAGGGUCCGGUGCUGGGGGGCUUUGUUACCUCUCCUGUAGUACGACAGAGGACGAGGGAAGACUGCUUGAGGAAUCUCCUGGAGAUGCAGACGACGACAGAGGCGAUGUUGCCAAUGCCGAAGGCAGCGCUAAGGAUAGGAUGGCGUUGAGGACCGCCUUCUUGGAGUCUUCCUACCUGCCGUUUGCGUCGUUCUUGCUGAGAGAAGUGGGACCUCUGUGGCUGCCCGCCUGGGACAGGGCGGCAUCGACGAACCUUGUUGCAACUCAAGGAACCGACAACGGCACUGCUGCUGCGGUCACUCGAGAUGACGCCGGCAACAGCACCGGCGUGUGGAGCCCUGCCCCAAGGGACUUGUUCGAGGCUUUCUUCCGGCCACCGGCCGUGCCGCCGUCGCUUGCGCUGCUUGCGCUCUGCGAGGGACUCAGCAGGCAGGCUCCAGAUAGAAUCGCCACCAGCCAGCGGCCAACGUUGUGGCUUGACGGUACCCUCGACAGCAGUGGCAUGGGUGGCCAGGCAGGAGUGCUGGUAGAAGCCGCCCCGGCACCGGACGCUCGGGCAGCUCAACAGAUCUGUCGGCUCUUGCAGCCUUUCCUCAGGAAGCCUUCGGCGCUACAACCGCCGAUGCCGCCACACAGCCGUGAGCCAGUUCCCCGUCUCGUCGAGGUAGUGGAGGAUCUCGCCGGCGGCAUUGACGUCUCCGAAGGCGAAGGCACCGAAACCAAGGGGGCAGACGAAGAUCCCCGGAGAGAGCGAUACGAUGCUGAGGCCGGUCGUGGUCCUCCUCCUUUGGUCGGGGGCGGCGCAGCCGAGACGCUAGCGUCUCGGCUGCUCUGCCUCGCGCCGCAGCGGGUCGCGAACAGCCUCGGGCCGAUCGCUCCGCCGGACUUUUCGCCCGCGGUCUUCUUUCCGGCGGUGUGUCGCGCCGUCGUCCGCGCGACUCUCAACGUCCGCUCGUCAGCGACAACCACAACGACAGCGACAGCGGCGGCAAAUGCAACAGCGACGGGUGACGUGUGGCGGGAGUUUACGGGCCGUCUCCUGACCGCCGGUCGGGCGUCCGAUCUCGCCGACGCGUGGCUCCGGGCAAUGGUGGCCGGGAAACAAGACGAUCCCGUCGGCGGCAGCGGCGGCAACGACGCCACCAGCGGCACACCGGCGACGGAGGAGACGGACGUAACGGCGUGGGAGGCCUGGGCGGAAGGGCCCGACGUCGUUCCGGAAGCUCACGCGUGGAUGAUGAAAAGACUGCCGGCGUCAAGGCUUCAUCAGAAAAGGCAACAGCAAGGCGAUAGCGGCGACGACGACGACAACGCGUCGACGGCGGAUAUUUCCGUCGGCCUCGUGGAGAGGCUGCUGCUGCAGAGACCGCUCCCUGCUCCAGCGGCUGAGGCUAUCGCCGACACCCUGGCGUGGUGCGAUCGCCGCUCGACCUGCACGGUCGGAGCAGCAGCGAGGUUUGGAGCCGCUACGAGCGAGGCCGGCUGCCGAGAGGGUGAGGCAGUCUCGGGCCGGGGGCUCCUGAUGGGCGCCCUGAAGAGAGUGGGGGCCGUGUGGGCGGAGCCAUCAUUCCUCAAUAGGUCUCCGCUUCGGCAGCAGGAGUUCUACACCAGCUUUCUGCUGGCUGCUCUUCGCAGCGGCGGCUUAGACGGGCAGCUGGGCGGCGGCGUGGACGGCGACCAGGACACCCUCGUUAUCCUCAUCAGAGGGGUUGGGUCGCACCUUGACGUCCCGGUCAGAGAGACAAGGCUAAGGGGCAUGCGCGUAGGAGAGGCGGUAGCGGCCCUUGGGGGAACAGAACUGCGUUUUGAUGAGCUGGAUGGGGAGAGGGAGGAGCAGCGACGGGAGGAGCCGCGGGGCGAGGGGCAGGGAGAAACAUCGGCUGGGAAACAGGAGAGUACAAGUGGCGUCGAGGGCACGAAGGGCGGGAAUAGCAAGGACGGUACAGAAGGCACGGUACGAGAGAGGCCAAGGAGCAAAAAGAAGAAGGGUAGGGGAGGGUCGAAGGGGCGCAGCGCGGCGCUUGAAGCGGAAGAGAAGCGAAGGCGGCACUGGCAAAGCUUACCAGCGAGUUUCGGGGGGGGCGGGGGUGGUCAAGUGGUGGGCCGAGGCGAUAGCGACUACGACUCGGACUUGGAUCCCGACAUGCUGCUACCGCUGGGGGGCGCUGGGAGCGGCUCAGACUCCGAAGAUGCCAACGUCGGAGGCGGGAACGACGACACGGGCAGUGAGCAGGAGAGCGGAUCUACUAGCAGAGGUUCGUCCACGGACACGGAAGGAGGGGGCUACGGGGGCCUAGGUGGCGGCGGCUUCGGGUUGGACGAUGACGACGACGAUGCCCUCGAGGCGUAUGAUCUCUGGGACGAUCAGGACGAUCUCGCCAAGGUUGCUGAGCCGGUGUAUCUCGACCAGCUCAUCGAGAUGCUGCGUUCCCGGGAAAAACCGGACACAGCGGAUCAGCACGAGACGGCCCUCAGGUGCGCCGAGAAUCUCGUGCGGCGCAACCCCCCCGACUUGGCGCACCGAGCGCCGGAGCUCUCGAGGGACCUUCUCUACCUGGAGGACUCCUUCGACCUUGAGUGUUUCGAGACGCGGCGUUCCGGAGCGCUUGUGGCGACGGUGGCGGCUGCGCCAGAGAGCUGCGCCCUCUACUUGGGGAGUGAGGUGUGGGGAACUGGGGCAACGGAGGGCACGAAAAUGCAGAUCCUGGACGUUCUGGUGCAAGCCGCUAGCGAACUGGCUGGCUGGACGAGGCCCAGCGGUGGUGGUGUGGGCGAUAGUGAUGGUUCGCAUGGAGGACACCCCUCUUCCUCCGGAGGCAGCUACCCGUCCGCCCUCCUACAAGAGGCGAGGGGGGCGACCCCCCAGGGUAGCAUCAGACGGCAGCAGCUGGACAGCCAGCAACAGCGUGGGCCAUCGGCCACGCACGGGCUUUCCGCCUCAGCUGUUGCUGCAGCCCCUUCCGCUCGGAACGAAGGUGUCAGGGAUAGGCCUGGCUCUAAAGAAGGGAAAUCGCGUGAAGGCACUAGCGGAGGAAGCUCGAGGGCGGCGAAAGGGGAAGGGGCGGCGUCGGUUGGCGGCACUACCAGGAGAUGGGGGUACAGGCGUGGGCCGAGAGAGCAGCUCCGGCGGAAUCUGUUCGGCAGGCUUGCCCCGGUCUUUUUCUACCCUCUCGCGCAGGGGAUGGUGCUCCGCUUGCGCGAGUCGACAACCACGGCCCCGUCAAAUCACGGCCAGCGACGCUCCCAAGAGGUGGGACGAACAAUUGCAGCAGCCGCAGCGGCGGCCUCCGCUGACGACGCUCCCUACACGCUGCCGAGUGCCACGCCGCUGCCGCCGCCGCCGCCAUCCCCGCUGUUCUCGGCGAGACUGCUUCACUGCUUGACCUGCCUGGUGGAGUUGUGCGGGAACUGCCCGGCCACGCCGGCGCUUGCGGCUGACCUGCUGGGGCUGGCGUGGCUGCUGCGGGGACCUGCUUCCGACAGCCGCGAGCUUCGCCGGGCCGUGCUGAUUGCGGUGGCCACGGGUGUGGAAAGAUCUCAAGACGGAGCCGCGUCUGGAGCGGUGCAGGGACAGCAGGGGGAGUUCUUGCGAUGGUUGCAGGCGUGCGCUCAAGGGUCAGACGGGGGGACAAGGGAGCUGGCGGGAGCCGUGUUGGGGCACAGCAGCGUUCAGGCGCUAGCGUACUUGUAG